GAAAAUGAAUAUCCUUCCUUCUUCUGAAGAAACAUCAGAAUUCUCAUUAAAAUCAAUCCCUGGUGACUAUGGUCUCCCUUUCUUUGGUGCAAUCAGAGAUCGUCUAGACUAUUUCUAUAACCAAGGCAGAGAUGAGUUCUUUAGUACGCGUGUCCAGAAAUACGAAUCCACAAUCUUCAAAACAAACAUGCCUCCUGGCCCUUUCAUUGCCAAAAAUCCCAAAGUCAUUGCUGUUCUUGAUGCAGUCUCGUUUCCAGUCCUCUUUGACACUUCUAAGGUCGAAAAAUAUAACGUUCUUGAUGGUACUUUCUUUCCCUCGGUAUCCUUCACUGGGGGAUACCGUGCCUGCGCCUAUCUUGACCCUUCUGAGCCUCAACACACCUCUCUCAAAUCCUUUUUUAUGUCAACUCUAGCAUCCAAGCACAAUGACUUUAUCCCUCUCUUUAGAGCUAGCUUGUCGAAGCUUUUCAUUAACAUUGAGGAUGAAAUAGUUUCUCAAAAGAAAGCAAAUUUCAACAAGCCUAGUGAGGCCAUGUCUUUCGACUUUGUGUUUCGUCUAUUUGGAGAUAAAGAUUCGUCCGAUACAAAGGUUGGAUCGGAAGGACCUGCCAUCGUUAAUAAAUGGUUGGCCUUGCAACUUGCACCGCUUGCGACCCUAGGAUUACCAAAGUAUUUUAAAUAUCUUGAAGAUAUUUUCUUGCGUACAUUUCCGUUGCCAUUUAUCUUUGUAAAGUCUGAUUAUAACAAGCUUUACGAUGCGUUUUAUGCGUCUUCGAGUUCGGUCUUAGACAAAGCUGAGAGUCUUGGGAUCAAAAGAGAUGAAGCUUGCCAUAACCUAGUGUUUCUUGCUGGUUUUAAUGCUUUUGGGGGCAUGAAAGCUUGGUUUCCUACACUGAUCAAGUGGGUCGGCACAGCAGGAGAGAAGUUACACGGCCAACUUGCCAAUGAAAUCAGGACUGUUGUUAAGGAGGAAGGCGGGGUAACUUUCCAAGCAUUGGAUAAGAUGAUUUUGACCAAGUCAGUUGUUUUUGAAGCUUUGAGGAUUGAGCCUCCAGUUCCAUUCCAAUACGGUAAGGCCAGGGAUAACAUCGUGGUGCAUAGUCAUGAUGCAGCCUUUGAGAUCAAGAAAGGUGAAAUGAUCUUUGGAUACCAACCAUUUGCUACAAAGGAUCCUAGGAUUUUUGAUGAUCCUGAGGAGUUUGUAGGGCAUAGGUUUGUCGGGGAUGGAGAGAAGCUAUUGAGGUAUGUUUAUUGGUCAAAUGGGCGUGAGACUGAGGAUCCAACAGCAGAGAACAAGCAGUGUCCAGGGAAAGAUCUAGUGUUACUCCUAUCCAGGGUUUUGCUGGUGGAGUUUUUCCUGCGUUAUGACACAUUUACUGUUAAAACAGCUAGUUCAUUGGCUUUGGGGUCAACAGUGACUUUCACUUCUUUGAUCAAGGCCAGGAGCACUUGAACAAGACCAUACCAAAAUCAUCUCCUUCGUAGUUUCAUGCUGUGUUUGUAUCAGAAUUUCAAUAAAUUUUAUUUUUUUAUUUUAAA